UUUUUCUUUAUUUAUUAGGGAAAUUUAUCUUUAAAAAUGGUUGAAGCUGUUGCUGAUAUUGGUCUUAUUGGUUUGGCCGUUAUGGGUCAAAAUCUUAUUUUGAACAUGAACGAUCAUGGCUAUGUUGUUUGUGCUUACAACCGUACUACUUCCAAGGUUGACGACUUCUUGAACAAUGAAGCCAAGGGUACAAAGAUUGUUGGCGCUCAUUCUGUUGAAGAAUUCUGUGCCAAGUUGAAGCGUCCUAGAAAGGUUAUGUUGCUCGUUAAGGCUGGUGCUGCAGUUGACGCUUUUAUUGAACAAUUGUUACCUUAUCUUGAAGAAGGUGAUGUUAUUAUUGAUGGUGGUAACUCUCACUUCCCUGAUUCUAUUCGUCGUGCUAAGGAAUUGGAACCUAAGGGUAUUUUGUUUGUUGGUUCUGGUGUCUCUGGUGGUGAAGAAGGUGCUCGUUAUGGUCCUUCUUUGAUGCCUGGUGGUAACUCUAAGGCCUGGCCUGUCAUUAAGAACAUCUUCCAAGAUAUCUCUGCUAAGGCUCCUGAUGGUGCUCCUUGUUGUGAUUGGGUUGGUGAAUCUGGUGCUGGUCAUUAUGUUAAGAUGGUUCACAACGGUAUUGAAUAUGGUGAUAUGCAAUUGAUUUGUGAAGUUUAUCAAAUCAUGAAAGAAGGUCUCGGCAUGACUCAUGAAGAGAUGGCUGCCACUUUUGAAGAAUGGAAUAAGGGUGAAUUGGAUUCUUUCUUGAUUGAAAUCACUCGUGAUAUUCUCAAGUUUAAGGAUACUGAUGGUACUCCUCUUGUUGAAAAGAUUCUUGAUACUGCUGGUCAGAAAGGUACUGGUAAGUGGACUGGUAUUGACUCCCUUGAUCGUGGCAUUCCUGUUACUUUAAUUGGUGAAGCUGUCUAUGCUCGUUGUCUUUCUGCCUUGAAGGGUGAACGUGUCCGUGCUUCUAAGCUCUUGAAGGGUCCUUCCUACAAAUUCCAAGGUGAUAAGGCUAAAUUUGUUGCUCAACUUGGUCAAGCUCUUUAUGCUGCCAAGAUUGUUUCUUAUGCUCAAGGUUUUAUGUUAAUGCGUCAAGCUGGUAAGGAUUAUGGAUGGAACUUGAACUUUGCUGGUAUUGCCUUGAUGUGGCGUGGUGGUUGUAUCAUUCGUUCUGUCUUCCUUGGUAAGAUCAAGGAUGCUUACACCAACAACCCUGAAUUGGAAAACUUGUUGUUUGAUCCUUUCUUCCAAGAUGCUACCUCUAAGGCUCAAGAAUCAUGGAGAAAUGUUAUCUCUCAAGCUGUUCAGAUGGGUAUCCCUACCCCUGCUCUCUCUACUGCCUUGAACUUCUAUGAUGGUCUUCGUCAUGAAAUCCUUCCUGCUAACCUUCUUCAAGCUCAACGUGACUACUUUGGUGCUCACACUUAUGAACUCUUAUCUAACCCUGGUAAGCACAUUCACACCAACUGGACCGGUAAAGGUGGUAAUGUUUCUGCCUCCACUUAUGAUGCUUAAACAUUUUUAAAUCUUAUAUAUUAACCUUGUCUGUUAUAUAAUAUUUCAUCCUUUUUCUCUCUGUAUUUCUACAUUGUUUAUCUAUUUUUUUUCCCGCCCUUCUUUC